GAAGAACUUUAUUUAAACAGCUGCAUUGACGGGGAUUGAUGCAGUCAUACACACCCCAGCCGAUUAGUAAUAGUCUGGAAAACGGUUUUAUGAACAACCCCGGCUGCUCUGCAACGUUACUCAGAGACACUGCCUACCUGGUCACUUCCUCCUCUUCCUCCCCCGCCUCCUCAACUCCACCUGUGUGAGUCUGAACGGGGCGUGUUUAACUCCCCAAGGAGCCUCAGUCCUGAUCCAGUCCGCUCCUCAACUAAUUUCUAGGAAUAAGGUCGCCGCUAGGAAUCUUUGAAUCGAGACCCGGGCCAUGAUCACAGCCGCAGAAUAUGGAGAAACGUCGUGGGAGCUGUCUGUGCAGGUGGAUCAAAAAGAAGGGGACGAGUCCAUGAAAUUCAAGCUGAGGGUGAAGGGAGACUUGCACAUCGGAGGCCUCAUGCUCAAACUGGUGGAGAAAAUCAAGGCCCCCCAGGAUUGGUCAGACCACGCUCUGUGGUGGGAACAGAAGAGCUGCUGGCUGCUCAAAACCCACUGGACCUUGGACAAGUACGGAAUCCAGGCCGAUGCUUUCCUGCGCUACACGCCCCAGCACAAGCCCCUGUUGCUGCAGCUUCCCAAUAUGAAAACCAUCAAAAUAACCGUCAGCUUCUCCAGCGUGGUCUUCAAAGUGGUGUCAGAAAUCUGCAGAAUGCUCAACAUCAGAAGACCAGAGGAGCUGUCCCUGCUGAAGCCUCCAGAUGAUCCCUCGAAGAAGAAGAAGAAAGAGAAGAACUCGCCACAGGACGACAUCUGGGACAUCGAUUUACUCAGUGGCGGACCAGCAGGAACAGGUCCUGCAUACAGUAAGACCAUGACAGCGACCUAUGACCCGGAGAAUGGGAUGCCCGUGUCUGCCACCAGCCUUUGGUUCGGAGAAAACCCUCUGGCUGACAGUCAGCCAAACUUACCGCCUGCUGAGCUGGCCAAGCUGUACAAGCCACUUUCACUAGUGGACAAAGCAAUCAACAAUGCAGGGUGGCUGGACUCAUCUCUUUCUCUCAUGGAGCAAGACAUUCAGGACGACGACAGGCUGCUGCUCCGCUUCAAGUACAACGUCUUCUUCGACCUCAAUCCUAAAUACGAUGCCGUCAGGAUAACUCAGCUAUACGAACAGGCUCGCUGGUCCAUCCUUCUGGAGGAGAUCGACUGCACAGAUGAGGAAAUGCUGAUGUUCGCUUCGUUACAGUAUCACAUUUGUAAACUGACCAUGUCAAGAGAACCGCUGGACCACUCCAAUGAACCUGAAAUCGAUGAAGUCGAGGCCGCCCUGUCUAACCUGGAGGUGACGCUCGAAGGCGGACUCACGGACAAAAUUCUGGAAGACAUUACAGACAUUCCAGAGCUGGCAGAUACCCUCCGGCUGUUAAGGCCCAAAAGAUUUACGCUGCGGCCAUACAAGGAGUACUGGUUUAUAUUCAAGGACACCACCAUCUCAUACUUCAAGAACAAGGAGGCCUCCCUUGGAGAACCAAUAGAGCAGUUCCAUCUCCGAGGAUGUGAGGUGGUCCCAGAUGUCAACGUCACAGACAAGAAGUUCGGCAUCAAGCUCCUGCUCCCAGUUGCUGAUGGAAUGAAUGAGGUUUACAUCCGAUGUGAUAAUGAAACUCAGUACGCCAAGUGGAAAGCUGCUUGCCUCCUCGCCUCCAAGGGCAAGACGAUGGCCUACAGCUCCUACAAGUCAGAAGUGAAGAACAUCCAGGCCUUCCUGCAAAUGAAGAGCCUGGCGCCCCCUCCUGGUCAGGCAGCUCCGGACCUUGAUUCCAUGGACAUGAAUGCUGAAUGUUUUGUUUCUCCGCGCUACACCAAGAAGCACAAGAGCAAACAGCUGACGGCACGCAUCCUGGAGGCCCAUCAGAACAUAGCACGGCUGUCACUAGUGGAGGCCAAGAUGCGCUUUAUCCAGGCCUGGCAGUCGCUUCCAGAGUUUGGCAUCAGAUACUACAUCGUCAGAUUCAAGGGGAGCAAGAAGGAUGAAAUUCUGGGGAUAUCCUAUAACCGCCUGAUUCGUCUUGACAUGUCAACUGGUCUGCCCGUCACCACGUGGAGGUUCGCCAACAUGAAGCAGUGGAACGUCAACUGGGAGAUAAGACAGGUGACCAUAGAAUUUGACCAGAAUGUGACAAUAGCCUUCUGCUGUUCGAGCUGCGACUGCAAGGUGGUCCACGAGUUCAUCGGCGGUUACAUCUUCCUGUCUACGCGAUCUAAAGACCAGAACGAAACGCUGGACGAAGAACUGUUCCAUAAACUUACUGGAGGUCAAGAUGAGCAAAGAUGAAUACACCUGUGCAUCUUAUGGAGUAUGUCUUCUUUAUUCACUUAACACGUUGCAGCACACAUCUGAGUGAAUCACUGGCAAAAGAAAAUGCAAUGCUCAAUCACAGUCACAGAGAAAUGACAUAUUUUCAAUCAAAAAAAAAACAUUAUUCUUGUUUUUUUUUUAUGUCAUUGAAAAGUCGGCUGUAAACGUUUACAGCAAUGCACUAGAAAAAUGUCGAUGUGAAUAUGUAGUAAAAGUUUGUCUUAGUUUGCCAUAGUUUGAAGAUACUGUAUGUCCUCAUUUCAAAUGCAAAAAAGUAAAUCAUUAAAGGAUGUUUUUAUAUUUUA